CCUACAACGACCUAUGGAUUCGCGCCCCAAAUAAUUUAAUACGACUCGACGAUGCCAUAAUCCAGAGCACUCUCUUAUGUACCAUGCUAUGCACUUCGAGAAAAUAUCUAGGUCAAUUUAGCAGAAUUUCGAAAAACAGCGAAACGCCAUGUCCGUUCUUUUUUUACCAAAAAUCUCAUGCCGCUGGCGGCCUUUAUCUUACAACACAACAAUCAUAACGUCAUCGAGAAACUACGCUGUGCAGGCGCCGGGAAAACCAUCACUCGAAGUUUUUAAUCGUGUGGCAAAGCAUAUCCAGAAAGAACGUGCAGCUCGGAAUGUCGAACAGAGCCGCAAGGUAGACUAUCUCAAAGAUGAGGUAGCAAUGCGAUUAUGUGAUAGACUACUGGAUAUUAAAAGAACAUUUCCUACUGCUCUCGAUCUCGGCGCAAAUAGUUGCAAUAUCGCGCGUGCAUUGACUGCUCCUAGUUUUGACCACGACUUAGGACCUUCUCAAUCUCUUUCGGACCGCAUCGGAAGCAUUAAAUGUAUUGAAACAUCACCUGAAUUACUGUAUCGGGAUGCGGAUCUUGAAUUCAACAAGCAACUGUCUAUUGAGCGGGAAGUGAUUCGCGACUUGGAAUACCUACCUUACGUACCAAACACCUUCGAUAUUGUAUUAUCAUCACUUUCGAUUCACUGGAUUAAUGAUUUACCGUCACUUUUGGCACAAGUAAACUCAAUCCUCAAACCCGACAGUCCCUUUAUCGCCGCAAUGUUUGGUGGAGAUACCCUUUUCGAAUUGCGUUCGUCCCUCCAAUUAGCUAACAUGGAGCGCCGUGGAGGAGUGAUACCGCAUAUUUCGCCUUUGGCAGAUGUAAGAGAUGUUGGCGGACUGCUAACACGAGCCGGGUUUAAAAUGUUGACUGUAGAUGUCGAGGAUAUUGUCGUCGACUUCCCGAAUACAUUUGCAUUAAUGGAGGAUCUCCAAGCCAUGGGCGAAAGUAAUGCCACGCUGCAACGAGGUCCUCUUUCGAAGGACGUACUGUUGGCUAAUGAAGCUAUCUACCGCGAACUACAUAAAGACGCAGGCGAUGGACCUGCACAUGGGCAGGGUGGGAUUCCAGCAACAUUCAGGAUUAUUUUUAUGAUCGGAUGGAAAGAAGGUGCAGGACAGCCACAGCCUUUACAAAGAGGAAGUGGAGAAGUCAACCUCAAAGAUCUGCUUGGAGGAGGAGAUUUCGAACAAAAAUAAAUCUGAUUACAAGAGAAAGUUCCUUGGUCAGGCGCCUACGUAAUGAGAGAAGCU